CGAGGCUGGUCGCUGCGGCCGCCGUGCCAGGGUGACCGGUAGCGCUGCAGCCGAGGUGGCGGCGCGGGGCGGGGCGGGCGGAGAGCGAAGGAAGGAGGUGGUUGUGCAGGAUGGCGGCGGCGGCCUACGAGCAGCUGAAGCUAUGAACCGCCUUUCUAAUUAGUUUUCUGAGUCGACGUCCGACUUAUUGAUUCCCAGUGCUGGGAUCUGAGCAACCCACUGUGGUAGCCUAAAUAGCAGCGGUAAGACUGAUGGUGCUCUUCUGCCCGGGAAUCUCUGGUCUGGCUUCCCUCUUGAGUCCGCAACAAGCGGCUCUGACUUCCCGGAGCUCCAAACUCCGGUCAGUAGGGGAAGCGGUCCCGUUGGCUCUGCAUGAAGAGCUGCUGCGCCGAGACGCCGGCAAAACCCCUGCGGCGGCCACAAGAGUCACGCUGGCGACCCGUGGGGCUCCUCCACUGGGAAUCGGCUGAUCGGCAUAUCACACCUGAAAAAUUUUAUGUGGAAGCUUGUGAUGAUGGAGCAGACGAUGUACUUAUCAUUGACCGUGUAUCCACAGAGGUUACCCUUGCAGUCAAGAAAGAUAUUCCUCCUUCAGCUGUCACAAGACCAAUAUUUGGUAUACUGGGCACAAUUCAUCUGGUGGCAGGUAAUUAUCUUAUAGUCAUUACCAAAAAGACAAAAGUAGGUGAAUUUUUCAAUCAUGUAAUCUGGAAAGCAACAGAUUUUGAUGUCCUUUCUUAUAAGAAGACAAUGUUGCACUUAACUGAUAUUCAGUUACAAGAUAAUAAAACCUUCCUAGCCAUGCUAAACCAUGUCUUGAAUGUGGAUGGAUUUUACUUUUCAACAACAUAUGAUUUGACCCAUACUUUGCAGCGGCUAUCCAACACUAGUCCAGAAUUCCAAGAAAUGAGUCUCUUGGAAAGGGCAGAUCAGCGGUUUGUAUGGAAUGGUCAUCUUCUAAGAGAACUUUCUGCACAGCCAGAGGUUCAUCGGUUUGCCCUUCCAGUGUUACAUGGCUUUAUUGCCAUGCAUUCGUGUUCUAUUAAUGGAAAAUACUUUGAUUGGAUUCUCAUCUCGAGGAGGAGCUGUUUCAGAGCUGGUGUACGCUAUUAUGUAAGAGGAAUUGAUUCUGAAGGCCAUGCAGCUAACUUUGUAGAAACAGAACAAAUUGUGCACUACAAUGGGAGCAAAGCUUCAUUUGUACAGACUCGGGGAUCAAUACCUGUUUUCUGGUCCCAAAGACCAAACCUCAAGUACAAACCACGGCCACAGAUCAGCAAAGUAGCAAAUCAUAUGGAUGGUUUCCAAAGGCAUUUUGAUUCCCAAGUAAUUAUUUAUGGAAAACAAGUCAUAAUCAAUCUGAUUAACCAGAAGGGCUCAGAGAAGCCACUUGAACAGACAUUUGCAACAAUGGUGUCUUCUUUGGGAAGUGGAAUGAUGAGAUACAUUGCCUUUGACUUCCAUAAGGAAUGUAAAAAUAUGAGAUGGGAUCGACUAAGUAUUUUAUUGGAUCAAGUAGCAGAAAUGCAAGAUGAAUUAAGUUAUUUUCUAGUGGACUCUGCUGGCCAAGUGGUGACAAACCAGGAAGGUGUGUUCAGAAGCAAUUGCAUGGAUUGUCUAGAUAGAACCAAUGUGAUCCAGAGUUUGUUAGCUCGUCGUUCACUUCAGGCCCAACUUCAGAGACUAGGAGUUUUGCAUGUGGGACAAAAGCUUGAAGAACAAGAUGAAUUUGAGAAGAUUUACAAAAAUGCCUGGGCUGACAAUGCAAAUGCUUGUGCCAAGCAAUAUGCAGGAACUGGUGCCUUGAAGACUGACUUUACCAGAACUGGGAAGAGAACUCAUUUGGGACUUAUACUGGAUGGCUGGAACUCAAUGAUACGAUAUUAUAAGAACAACUUCUCUGAUGGAUUUAGACAAGAUUCCAUAGACUUAUUUCUUGGAAACUAUUCAGUGGAUGAAUUAGAAUCUCAUAGUCCUUUAAGUGUUCCAAGAGAUUGGAAAUUCCUGGCUUUGCCUAUUAUCAUGGUUGUUGCCUUUUCAAUGUGCAUUAUCUGUUUGCUUAUGGCUGGUGACACUUGGACAGAAACACUGGCCUAUGUGCUCUUCUGGGGAGUUGCAAGCAUUGGAACAUUUUUUAUCAUUCUUUACAAUGGCAAAGAUUUUGUUGAUGCUCCCAGACUGGUCCAGAAAGAAAAGAUAGACUGAAUUUGUGUUUGUGGAAAGCGGCUUGGCUUGGAAGAUUCCAUUGUGCAGAAUUGGAGUCUUUACUGACCCGCUUUCCACAUCAGCCUAAGGUCUUUUUAAUGCCUUUAUCCAAAAGCACAUCUUGUGCUCUGUGCAGGAUGAUGACAGAAUUGAUCAAUGUUACUGCCUUGAUGGUCUCUUUACUCUUGGAACUGUUAUUGAUUUGAAGCUAUUCUGUAAUUAAUAUCAUAACCUGAAUUCAGCUUGCAGAAUGGAAGCUGAACCUGUUCAUUGGAUUCUGUUGAUUAUCAAUUUAAUCAGCUGUUACAGAAUAAGUAAUAUAUUUUAAAAAGCUAGCUUCUUUCAUUAUUUAAAACAGUAAAAUUAUUUUUGUAGCUCAGUUUCAUUGUCAUGGUAGAAGCAGUCACUGUCAGCAGGCAUACUUUUCCACACAUCUUUGGACUUUUCUUAAAGGUUCAAUAAUAAGCUAACUGUGCUUAUAAAAUGUAAGUCUCUUACGGACAUCAAGUAGUUUGAUGGGACAGUCUGGACUUCAUCAUAGGAAAGAGGAGAAUGAGGUCUGGGGUUCUUUAAAGUAUCUGGUGGGCUGCCUCAUGACUUGAAUCAGCUUGAACUGCCAGUGCACCAGCAGUUUAAGUAUGAUGAGAGAAUUCAGAUAUACUUUAUCUUUUUUUAAAAGUGUAAAUAAAAUCAAAGACUGUAAAGUCUGUCUCUGUGCUAGAGGUCCAAAGCCGCCUCCGUUUUAAAGAUUGUCCCAGUGUGGAAGAUGCCCAUGGAUGGUCAGCUACUUCCUCCUAUACAUUUGGGUUUCUUUGAGGGUCACUCAUUGAGACAUGCGGGCCUCUGAGAGGGUCUUGUUCUAGAUUUCAUAUUGCACUUGGGGGGCAACAGCUGCUUUUCCACGCAUGGUACUCUUGAUGCUUUCACUCUGUCAAGGAUUUUGUUGGCUAUCAAUGUGUCUAAAACUUAGUGCUUCCAGGUAGUUACAGUUCUCCAAAUCAAGGACCAGCUUAAACAUUAAUUUAUGUGCAAAAACAAACCUGAAAAAUAUGCUUUAGAAACUGUGUAUAGUUCUAAUUGUAAGUCAGGCUGUAUAUUCAAAUUGUAAUUACGAGAUUUAAAUAUUAGAACCGUAUGUAAGGUAGUAUAAUUACCACUAUUUUAAAACAGUUCAGUUAAACACUGCUAUAAUAUUUCAGUGUUGUGCUUGAAAAUAUGUACAGUUUUUUUCAAUAUUAAUACCUUAUGUUGUCCUUAAAUAUUUCUAAAAGCGCCUUUAUUUCAGCAUUAUCUUUUUUUCCAACAUUAUCUUUUAUAAAACAUUAACACAAGUUGUUACUUUUAGAAACUCUAAAGGAAAUAAUAGCUGGAAAACCCUCUGUAGUUUAAAAUCAGUCAUUAAAACUUACAAUAGGGUAUGUCAAUAUAGCCCCCUGUUAACAUGUAAAUAAGCAUAAUUUGUUCCAAAGAUGGAAUAUUGAAACUUAGUUCGUGUCUGCUGUAAUAUAUUAUUUAAAUGCUACUGGGCAUUUCACUUAAAUAACUUAAUGUCAGCAAUGACAACAAAGACCAAAUCCGAACUGCUAAUGUGGCUGCUUUGUAGGGAAUGGAAUAUCAGUGUGUUAGAUCUUAAGGUAUCAGUAUUUCAGAAUCCUGCAAUGAUUUCAUUUCUAAAUUCAUGUACUGUAUGUCCUAAGUGAAAAUAAAAUGUCAUAUUCUUUUCUAA